GAUGGCUGUUGAAUAGAUAUUUUAGUUCGGUACUGCGCUUCUCGUGGCCGCUCGCCUUCGUUAGAGAAUUCAGCGAAGCGCUAGGCGGAGGUGCCGGUGCCCCAUUUUUAGAGUGGGGGGGGGGCGCUUAUCGUGAAUCCUGUUGCUUUUAGUUCGCGAGCGUCGAUUGUAAAUAGGGGGCGCUCGAUGUCGAAAGGAAAUGGAUGAUGCCCUCAGCACGGACGAUUCUACAGAAUUUUUUUGAGAAGCGGUGCCUAAAAUUAUCUUUAAUGGGUGGAAGGUCGCGUCGUUGAAGAAUACGUCGACCGGUUUGGAGUCGUUCCGUUUGGGAUGGAUGCGUUGAUCUCUUCCUGCACGGUUUCUUGCUUUAAAAUACGACGUUUUUUUGGAAUCUGUUUUUCCUCUGAACUAACGACUAACUUGAAGCUAAUUCAGUUUUUUCAUGAGCGCAAUUUUGCCACCAUCCAAAUGACAUGGCGACCAAGGUCAAGAAACAGAUUUCAGCUACGAAAGAGAUAGUUACUCCUCAGAGCAACAAAAAUGAGGCUGCCAGCAGCAGUGCAACUCAAAAAGCUGGCGCUAAGCUUCAGAGCGAGAGCGGCGAAAUUAAGAAGAGAGGCCGGGGGCCGAUGAAGAACUCCGUGAAAUCGAUCACAGCAGUGAAGAAAACCGUUCAGAUGAAGGCGAAGAAUGUGAGGAAGGAUCUGAAAAUCAAUCCGAAAAACAUUGAAAGAGUUUUAAUGGAAAAUGGAAAAGAUCUGGAAGGGAAAAAAAUCCUGCUGAAAAACGACCUCAAAGAAGGAGUGAAACGCGGUCGAAAGCCCAGAGUGCCGAAGAUCAAAGUGGAACCCGGAGAGGAUCCGCCUCCCGUUCUAGAGCCGAUUUUUCCGCAGGACAACAACAUGGAAGUGAAAAAGACCCCGAAAAAACGGGGAAGAAAACCUUAUAAACUACCCACAUUGAUUGAUGUGAUGGCGAUCAAGUCGGAGCCGUUGGAGGACACUGUAGGCACUAGUGAGUUUUCUGGGGAUCCUGCUCUCUUAGAAGUCAUUACUCCUAAAGUCAGGAAACCUAGACAAAGAAAACCGAAAGUAGAACCCGGUUCUAUAGACGAAGUGAUGAACGAUCUCACCUUCCUGAUAGAUACCGCGCAAAUCAAAACGGACCCCAAUCAAUCUGCUUUGGAAUUGAGCAAACUCGUCACUCCGAAAGGGAAAAGAAUGACCAAAAAGCAACGCUUGGAAGCGAUGAAAGAGGACUUGAUUAAGAAGGAAAAUAUCGAAAACUCAGUGAGAAAAUUGAACCCAGCUGAAGUGAAAUUAAUCGAAAGUUUAGAUCUGAAUGUGGCUAAAUAUAAGACUGAUUUUCCUAGAGAAAAGCGACGGCAUAGUGUCGAAAAGUUUCCGGUCACUCCGGUGGAUUCGGGUGCUGAUGGACCAAUGAUACCUCAGUUAUCUCUCUUCAGUCAAAUGCCCAGAAGUUUAAGUCCGCGAACAUCAAGAAGAGUGUUAAAGAUGGGCUUAAAGAAACCGAGUCCGUACUCAACCAGAUCGGACUCGUCAACCCGAUUGCUUCGUAAUGGCAAGCACAGACAGCUGAAGACAUUUACGUUGCUCGAAGGACUGGAAAAUCCAACGAGACGGCGCCGACUUCAAUCUGAUUUUAGUGGUUGUGAGGUUCCAUCCAAAAUGUCUGGAUAUGAAUCAGACAGCAGUUACUCCGACUUAGCUUCACUGCAUGGAAGCGAAAAAGAUGGGGACGUCCUAAAAUUGGCCAAUAAGGAUGUUGAUGGCCUUUCAAUGGAUGAGUCUUCAAGCUUCGAUGUUAAGUCUUCAGUAGCUUCAGAUCCGAUCAAAGCUGCUGCAGGUUCUGAAGUAGAAAGACCGUUAUUUGACACCAAUUCCAACGUUUGUGAUAAUGACUCAGUUGAAAUCGGCGAACACACUAAGUUAGAGUAUAUCGACUCUAAUGCGCCCUUAGAAGAAACAUCAAGCACCAAAGUUCCAGAUAAAGGAAUUUUAUUGGAUAUAAUGAAGCAUGCCUUUAGUGAUAUCGAACUUGAAUCUGGUUUAGCUAAGGACGAGGAUUCGAAAUUGCAUAUAAGAGCAAGCUCAUCGGCACCGAAUGUUGAGAUGAAGCUUUGCGCUAUUUCGACAAAUGAUUUAUCGCCAACUGCAACAGCCACGAAUUUGCCACAAAGCGGUCCCUCAGAAGGACUAUCUGAAGAAGAAGCACUGAUUAGAUUGUUAAAUGAAACGGCUCCAGAACUAAGCGAUACCGGAGUUAAACACAACAAUACAGGGAACAAAGCAACUAAAGACGACACGAUUGAAGAUGUUUUUAGUGCAAAUAUUGUAAAUGAUUCUACAAGUUUACUUAGUUUUCCCAAACAUUCUACACCAAAAAUAGUUUUAUCUGAACAAGCGCCGAUUUUGGUUAGAGAAAUAUCACCUCAAAAUGUGGAUAAAGAGGGUGUGAUUCCUGUAAUCGAUAACAUGGCUGUGGCCGAUCUAGAACCGCAACAAAAUGCAAAACACCUCGAACCUCCACUGCUCGAGUCGAGCGUGCCAUUGCUCGAACCGCCAGUAGUUAAAUCUGCUUCUAAAAUCGACGCAAAAACGCCCCUGAUUGACGAUAAAAAAAUCGGAAUUGCCGUGACUGAAAAGGAUAAUGUGGUCUUAUUCUCUAUUGAACAUUUAACUGAUGACUCCGGUGAUCUGGAUGUUAGUAUGGAAGACAUUAGUCAAAACAUUGAGGAAGGACACUCGGCAAUGCCGCAAAAUACAAGUGGGGCCGAAGCAGCAAUUAAAGAAACUGAGUAUGUAGAGCAUGCAGAAAGUGAGGAAGUAGACCAACCCGGGGCCAAAAAUGAGGAAUCUCAAGUUGAUGAAACUAAAACGAUUGAAAAAUCAGUGGAAAUCGAAAAUGAGUCUAUAGACAUUGAAAUUUCUGAACCAUCACAAGUUGCUGAACAAGCAACCGGUGUUGAAGCCAGUGAAGUUCCUGUAAAUGAAGGUCAAUUGGAAGUAAAGCAAUCUGAGAAGAGUGUAGAGACUGAUGUACACAUGACUGAAAACGAAUGUGAUAAACCUAGUGAGACUAUUGAAAAGAGUGAUGAAACUGUAGAUAAUAGCAAAGCGGUAGAAAAUGUUGUUCAAGAAUCACCUGAAGAGUUGGCGCAAAAGACGAGCAUAUUAAAUGCGCUUGGCCUGCAGAGUUUACAUGCUCAUGCUGUUGUGAUCGAGGCGGGCCCGGGCCCUUCUAGUGGGCGGAAAAAAGGAAAAGCUUCCACUGCAAAGAGCGACGGUUACACUGGAACUUUAAAGACUGUGAUAAAAAUUAAUAAAAGGAAAGGAAAGAGUUCGUUUAAGAUGACAGUGCAGAAGAAUAAAACCAAGAGUGAUGCUGCUCCUGAAGACGGGGACGACGCAUACAAAGUUUUGAAAGAAGCUGGUCCUAGCUGCUCGAAAUAUAACAAAGAUUCCUCCGAUACAACUGGUGCGCACCGAAAAUCACAUUAUCCUAAUCGAUCUAACAUGGACGGCAGUAGCGAACACACAUCCGAUAGCGAACAGGCGAAUUCAACACCGGACAAAAACCAACCCGAAAAGUCACUUAUUGUCCCGGAAAAAGCCAGUUCAUUUAGCAUCCAUCCAGGAAGACUGUGCAAGGACGAAUGUUCGUACUGUUUCGGAAAAUUCGGCUUAUUUGAUACGCCGUGUCAUAUCGCACAAAUGAAGAGCGUGGAAAGACAAAAUAAGAUCUUAGCCACUGAAACUCAUUUAACUUGGGACUCAUGUCUUUGCGACGCCUGUUAUCGACAUGUAGAUCGGAAAUCAAAUUCCCCCUCGUAUAUGAACAAAUCUCAAAAGAGAAAUGCUUUGGUGGCGCCGGGACCAAGACAAAACCAUUGUUAUGUAUUGGGCUGUAAUAACGUUUCUACCAACAUCCUACGAAGGAAAUGGAUUAUCAAAAUGCGAACGAGUAUUUGCCAAGUGAUAAAUCUAGAUUUGGACAAUCCUGGACUUCAUUCGAUCCCCAUUUGUGAUGAGCAUUUUACGGCGCUGGAACAUUUGAUGAUUUGUGCCAUGUGUAAGCGCCGUUUGGCUCGGAAUCAUAUCCACUAUUUAGGUCCAGAAGUUCGGGAGCUAAACCAAGCUCUAAAGGAUGACGCCAUUCCUGUUGCGCUGUCUGAUAAGCCAGUCGUGUGUAAAAUGUGCAAAUGCUUUGCUUCGAUAUUACUAAAAGAUCCAGAGGAACGUAUGGAAAAUAGUAUCAGCUUUUUCAAGGAUUACAAGAAAAGGUUGGUGCAUUUUAACAGCAAAGAGCCCCCGGAUGCCAACGUGCCUCUAGAGCCGAUUGCAAUUCCGGGCAAAACCGAAAAAUCUACAGAUAAAAAGAAGUCAGAAUCUAGAAAGAGAAAAAGAGUGAGAAAUUCUUCUAAUGAAACGAAUAGCCAAAAGGGCAGCCAUGAUGAAAAAGACGAUGAUGAUGAGAUGAACUUGAGGACCAAAAAACGAGUGCCUUCAUCCGAUACAAAUAAUUCACAAAGUGCCAACCAAUCUCGGGCGCAGUCUCCUGACGAUGGAGACGACUAUGGAGGGGUGGAUUACAACACCCUUAUUCCUGCUAUCGCUAUGGACUGCCCGAGCGACAGUGAAAGCAAGAAAGACGGAUUUAACAAUUCCGAUGGUUUAGAAUCCACCCUGUCUACUUUCGAAUCGAUGGGCAGAUCUGUGAACAUUUCCGCUUACAAGAGCGGGGAGGAUACGAGUCGGUGUAACGACUUGGCUGCUCAAAAACUAGUUCAAAAUCCGUCUAUAUCGCUCAAACCGAACUACACGGCGAUCAAUAACGAGCUCUGGCGAACUGGACCUUCCAGCAAACUUAUCUCUAAUCCUGCUUUAUCAGUUAGACAACUAUUUCCAGGCGAAGAAGAGUUGGGUUUAGUGGGCGAUAUCGAUUUCCAAAAUGUGUCCACUCGCACACCGGAAGGCUGGGAGAAAAGCGUCGCAACUAUCCAAUACGAUGCAGAUACCAAAAUCUUAUGGCAAGAACUACAAAAGCCUUAUGGCAGUAUGAGCAGUUUCCUGCGGCAUCUCGUUCUACUGGAAAAGUACUUUAGGAAUGGAGAUUUGGUUCUGUCGCCAUCAGCCAGUCAUCAUGCAGUGAAUUACAGAGAGAGUGUGCAUAAUCGAUUGCGCGCCUAUGACAAUAUUCCUAGCAAUUCUACCCAUGGUCCGCCUUCCAGUGUGCUUCAGUUCAACAAAAUGUCGAUGAAAACGAGUGGAGGAGGAAUCACGAACCAGAAUCAAACCAAUGGACUGCCGCCAGUCACUAUCAGCCAAAUUGGAAGAUUUAACGAGAAUUUUAACUCAAGAACGCCGAUAACGCUACAACAGCUGAACCAGCCGCCCUUGUAUCCAACCAAUGUUGUGCUUCAAAAUAUCGCGGCCUCCAAAAGCCGACCGCCUGGUCUGAUUUCCAUCAAUCAAAGAGCACCGGCACCGACAACAAUGAAAACACCGAUUCCCAGCCAAAAGAUCAAGUUUCCGAUUACGAAAAAUUGGAGGCCCAAUCUGAUUCCCAUUAACUCGAGUAAAAAGGGGGAGAAAAAACCAGGACUCAUACAGGUAGUGUCUGGUGGUAAGCCCUACCACAUUACCAUCGAAGACUACAAGAAAAUGUGCGCGAUUAAACGUAGCUUUGAAGCCAAGCAGAAGCGGUUGUUACAGGAGCAACAAUUCGCUAAACAGGUGCCUCAGAAGCAGCAGGCGAUGCUGGUAAAUCCGCACUCGGUGCUCAAAACAUUCACGGCAAAGAAAGAACUGGGGGUUGGCAAAAGUUCCACAGGAACAGUGAGCGAAACCAAACCGAUUAGUUUGAUUCCGAUUAGCAACACGGCACCGUCCACUGUGACUAGUGGCAAUGGCAAUAGCGAGACUAUAUUGGAAAAGCUCGACAAACAGGUGGAAAGACUGAGCAAAGAGUUCGCUCCCGCAAAGAUAUCGGGAAUAAUUUUCGAGAAAAAUCCCGCCAUCCAAAUAAUACCGAAAAUACCGAAAUCCCUCACCGUUAUCCCGCAAACAGUUUCAAAGGCUAGUUCGUCCAGAGCCGUACUCCAUGUAAUAAAAAGCAAUUCGAAUGGAUCGAGUAACGAAGAAGAUAGCAAUAGCCAACCUUGAUUGGUAUUUUUGAUUUUAAAUUUGAACCGAAAGUGCCUAAAGCGAAGUUCUGCAACAUGAACGAAUUCUAACUGUGCGACAAAGCAAGUGAUUACCGAAAGGUUAGUAAUGUUUGAAUACAUCGUACUUUGGUUAAAGGUUCAACUACCUUUCCUUUGUGACAAAUGUACACCCCUAUACUGUUUAUCUAUUUAUUUAACUACUAUAUAAGACAUCCUUUAGUGCUCGCAAAUUUUGGAAGUACGCAAAAUCCAUCCAAAUUCCCACAAUUUUUUGUUUAGAUCAUUUUAUGUGGAACAACUGCAUAGUUGGUUUCAAGAUUUACUAGUUUGACUUCAGCUUAUGACAGUCGCGUUUAACUUUAUAAAUAAUUUGUUGCCAAACGAUUCUCACGGUUUAUAACACUGAAAGCACCUAAAAUGAAUCAUAAUUUCUCAGCAGGAAAAUUCAUAAAUUCACUCGUCAUGAAUACACAAAUAUUUGUGUAUGAAUUACGUAAAGAAACAAAAUACGUGCCUAAUAUUCGAUUAUUCAUUUCAAGUUUUUAAUUAUUAGGUGUAUGAACUAUUUUUUAUCAAAUAAAAAAAUAUAUUACAUUUUUUCUACUUAAAAACCUGGCCUUUUUGAAGUCGUUAUUGCCACAAGAUCAUCAAUUUUAAACUCUUAACAUAGUAUAACGGUUGUUAUUAACCGUUAUACUUUCGUUCCAAUUUAUAGAUACAACGAUUCUUAUAGUUUAUUUCUUAUGCGUUAUUAAUUUUGGAAUUAUUCAAAAAUUAACCUACUUUCAGAAAUGUUUUAUUUUAGCACAACUUUUUGCUUUUUACUGCCCCUACAGCAACCACAUAACAUUAUUAUUAUAUGUUAUCGUUUUAUUUUCCUUCCAAUAUCAACAUUCGUAGUAUUCUGUUUCUUAUGUGACUCAUUUUACACACAUUGUUCAAUUCGAUCUUUUCGUUUGUGAAUCAACCCACUUUUAUUAUUUACUCGUAUAACUAGAACUUUAAACACAAAAUCACAUUGCAGUCAACUACAGAUUGUUUACUAACUAUUUUACAAAUUAAAUCAAGAAUAUGCCUUCAAAAUGGUGCUUUUCUCAAUAACCCCUCUUAGUUUGGCAACAAAAGGCGUGAAUAUAUGCUGCAAAAUAUUUUUAUUGUGUCCCAGCUGUGCUAAAGUACCAGACAACACCCAAUCGUUUUAGAUAAUUUAUUAGUCCAACAUAUAGAUUUUAUUGCAAACAGUUCCUGUCCAGGAACCUAUUUAGGAAAUACUCUCGAAACCCGAGUUUAUCGAGUAAAUAUGGUAUAAAAAAGCUUAUUAAGCUUGUAGAUAAAUUACCAAAUAAAUAUUUUUUUAUUAAAAGUGAUCACCCUGAUGUAAAUAAUUUGAUAUUGUAAAUAAUCUUAUAUAGUUCUCUAGCGCUCCUAGUUAGUUAUUUUCUAAUAGUCGCAUAGCAAUAAUAUUCACCUCCCUAUGUCCCUUUAUUUAGUGCCUAAAUUAAACAAUAUUUUUAACACGAAGAAUUUAUCGAAGUGUUUAAUUUUUAUUGUCUAAUAAAAUAAAAUUUCUAUAUUUAUUGUUAAUAAUACCAUUAUAGUUAUGUUAUUGAAUUGAUAAUACCAUCACGUCUACCUUGGGAAAAGUAUUUACAGCUUACCGUUAGGUGAUUUGUGGAAAAAUUGCUGAUUUAAUAUUUAUGACAUUUAUACAGGCAUUAAUUGUUCAGUUGUCUGUUAGAACUUAGCGUGUAAAUAAAUAUGAAGUUUCGUUAAACUCUAAAUUAUGAUAAACUAAAUUCACGGAGUCGAGUUACAUUGUUGAGUUUCUUAACGGAACAAAGUUGCAUUUUUUUUUCUUCUUAAAUACACGUGCCUGAUUGCAUGAUGACUCCUUGAUUUGUUUCUAGUUUAGUCGAGUGUAAAUUCAUUAUAUUCAAUAUUGCAGCUCGCGUUAAUGAAAACAUACAAUUAUAAAGAAGAGUAUAUUUUAAAUGUUUCUAAGCCAAUAUUGAAGAUAGUGAAUAUUUGUAAGAUAUAUUAAGAACAUAUAGUAUAUAUAAUUGGUUGCAUUUAUGAUAAGCGAGUUAUUCUAAUAUAUUUUAAAAUAUUUCCAAACCACCUACAACUUGUAUAUUGAAACAGGUGUGUUUUAUUGCAGACUAUCAACAUUAUAUAUAUGCGAUCGUAUCUAUGUUCUAUAUAGAUAUCGUAAUAUUGUUUAACACUUAAUUUAAUGCCGUUUUGUGGGAAGCACAUUUUAAGAAACUUUUUGCGUUUAGAAUAUCUGUCAUAUCAGAUCGAGGAGGCAUUACAGUACCUCCAAAAAGGCUUUGAAUCCCACUAAUCAAUAUUGUUGUACUAAGUAUAUAAUUUACUCAUAUUAUUUAUAUUUAUAUUAUACCGUUUUUCAUUAAGUUUUGAUUUCAGCUUAGGUUAAUUUGUAACUUUUUUUAGUAGCAUAUUUUGUACUUUCAUUUGCAUAAUGUAUAUAGUUUUUAUUCAUGGCGUGAAUCAAGUGCAAUUAUAGCUUUUGCAAUUGAUCGUAUUAUCGGGAUAUUGCGUCUGGUUUACGAAUAAAAGUCAACACAAACGGUAGAAUUGUUUACCCGGUCAAGAAUGCAAAAAUCGUAAUUGAUAUAUUAUUCAAUAAUUUUUGUAGUUGUUUGUAAUUGGGUUGAAUUCUGAAAAAAAAACAGUGUUUAUAUAAUUUAGUUUUAUUUUAGAAAUUGCUGCGCAAGAUUGGAUUUAGGAGAAAAGGGAAUAUUUUGGAUAUGCAAUUACGAUACGGGAGAAUAAAAAAGCACUAUUUCUGACUUUUACAAUCGGUAUAAGUAAUAAUCAAAAAGUUUUGUUCAAUUCGGUUUAUUGUAUAACAAUCGAUUACUCACAAUGCAUUUUUUGUAUUAUUUUCCUAAAGCAAUGGCACUCGCACAUAUUAUCAAAGUAAAAACUGUCUAAAUGCUUCCAAACAUUUGGAAUGUCCUAUCUGUAUUUGGUGCUAGUUCAUACAAAUUCUCCAAAAAAAUGUAUUUUUAAUUUCAUAGGAGAGAACCUGUCUAAUACCUUACUUAAAGUCUAUUAAUAAAAAAUAAAAAAUGUCAAUGUUUAA